UGGCUGUGGCCUCGCACAUCAGACGGACAGCCUGGAGAUGACUAUAUAGUCACUGGACAUAGUCGCAGCAUCAUAUACAGCAGCACUCUCCUAUUAUCCACACGUUGACCAAGAGGAUUUGUAACUUUGUGGAUCUGGUUUUAUAACUAUUAACGCUGAAAAGACACGCAAGGCCUGAGGACACACACCGCUGGGCUAUCAGAUUAUAAUGUAACCGAGACAUCCACCAGAAUCUCAAGACCUUUCCUACACUCCAGUUGAAAGCCUACACCAUGGCUCUGGCCACAUGUGCCAUCUGGAUCCUGUGCCUACUUGUUGGCGUUUCCGGUCAAUAUUCCCCAACACCGCUGUCUCUGGAAGAGAUUUCUGAACUAUCACAGACAUUAGAUCAGGAGCAGGUCGGCCACAUUGUGCAGAAGGACACAAACCAACAGAAUGAUACGGCCAAUGUCUCUAAGGAAAACUACGGAAGAAUGCCUCCUCGCUUACCACCUCCUUGCCUGUCCCGCUACAAAAUCAAGGAAGCAUUUAAAUACGUCACAACAGUGCUGUCCUGCGUUAUCUUCGUGGUGGGCAUUGUGGGAAAUUCCACACUUUUAAGAAUCAUAUAUAAGAAUAAGUGCAUGAGGAAUGGGCCCAACGUCCUUAUCGCCAGCCUGGCACUGGGUGACCUGUUCUACAUCCUCAUCGCUAUUCCAAUCAAUACCUAUAAGCUGCUGGCAGAGAACUGGCCAUUCGGAGUAUAUAUGUGCAAGCUGUUCCCCUUUAUCCAGAAGGCAUCUGUUGGGGUCACAGUGCUCAGCCUAUGUGCUCUCAGCAUAGACAGAUAUCGUGCAGUGGCCUCCUGGAAUCGAAUUCGGGUCAUUGGGAUUCCAGUGUGGAAGGCUAUAGAGCUCACAUUGAUCUGGGCAGUAGCCAUCAUUUUGGCAGUCCCUGAAGCCAUCGCCUUCCGUUUGGUCGAAUUGAAUAUUAAGGAGCAAACUGUGAUGGUGUGCAUGUUGCCUCUGGAGCAGUCGUCCGAUUUUAUGGCGUUUUAUCAAGAGGUAAAAGUCUGGUGGCUCUUUGGAUUCUAUUUUUGCUUGCCCUUGGCUUGCACUGGAGUCUUCUACACCUUGAUGUCCUGUGAGAUGCUAAACAUGAAGAACGGGAUGAGGAUUGCACUUAAUGACCACAUGAAACAGAGACGGGAAGUGGCUAAGACAGUGUUCUGUCUGGUGGUGAUCUUCGCUCUGUGUUGGUUGCCUCUUCAUGUCAGCAGCAUACUGAAGAAAACGGUGUAUGACGGAACUGAUCCUCAUAGGUGUGAGCUGCUCAGCUUUUUCUUGGUCGUGAAUUACAUCGGGAUCAAUAUGGCCUCGCUGAAUUCCUGCAUAAACCCAGUGGCGCUCUAUUUUGUCAGCAGAAAGUUCAAAAACUGUUUCCGGUCCUGUCUUUGCUGCUGGUGUCACAGACCAAAUCUAUCAAUCACUCCUAUGGAUGAGAAAGGUUCAGGAGGGAAGUGGAAAGCCAAUGGCCAUGACCUGGUUCUGGAUCGGAGCAGCUCUCGUCUUACAAACAAAUACAGCUCUUCCUGAAGAUAAAUUACAAUCCAAUACCCUUCUAUAUAUAAUUGACACAAAUUCCCAUUUUCAACCUUUUUGCUCAAUGAAAUUUCAAAAAAUUCCUCGAGUCCCAGUGAACACUUAAGGUCCUCAUUUCUUCUGGACAUGCUGUUGGACUGCACCCUUAGAAACAUGGCUUCACUAUGGAUGCAAGUUUCCAAAUCCAGAGACUUGGCUUAGGACUGUCCACAACGUAUGGAAACCCGGUGUAACGCCUGUUGUUACCAAUGAAAGAACUGUAUUUAGAUAACUGAUAAAAUAUAACAUUCGGGUUGGGCCGUCCAUAAAGAUGAAAACAGCCAUAUUUUGUACAUAACUACCUAUUACCUAUCACCAAUCUGUCAAUCAAAACCCUUAAUGCCCCUUUUAGGGCAGAAACUAGCGUAACCCUCACCAAUUAAUUGUGGGAAAAAAUAUUUAGCCCAGACCCAAGGCAAUUUCAGUUUUGUCUUUUAUUGUUAGAAAGGGACAGUUUUUGUGUUCACUGUCCCUUUAAAUGAAGGUCUCUGGUAUGGACUUUCUAACACUGCCAUUUAAAUGUAUUAUAUAAUAUUGUAUAUUAUUUUUCUUGAGGCAACAGACAUGCACAAUAUGUGACUGGGUCACACAAAUCGCAUUUUGUUUGUAAAUAUUUAAUCAAUGGAAUAAUAAAAUAACAAAAAGUCAUCUCACCUCCCCCGCCCGAUCCCUGGCCUGUGACUACUGUAGUUGUCUUAGCAGGUACUGGCCCCUCAGCCAAACAUCCUGCUGAGAUGAUGCAUCACAGGAACCAGGAAGUGGUGGUGACUGGAAGGGAUUGGGGGUAGGUGAGUAUUACUUAUUUUUAAUGCACCUCCAAAUGUAAAAAAAAAAAUGUAUGUCCUUGGACAACACCUUUUACGGGGCAGUCCAGUGGCAUACACAUGAAAAAGUGGGCAGACUGGGUUACAAUAAUAUUUAAAAAGUUGUACUAACCGAUCCCCCAACCACUGCUGCUUCCCCAUCUCAGCACAUAAGAAGUGCCUGCUCAGCCAAUCAUUGGUCACAGUGGUGGUCAGCCUUGUCUAGUGAGUGUAGAGACAAGGAAGUAAGCGCUCCAUAGAAUAAUAUUUUUGGACCCAGGGGGCUAAAUAUAUAUAUAUAUAUAUAUAUAUAUAUAUAUAUAUUAGAACUGCUCACCCUGGGUGGUUGUAUAAGCACAUACACAACAAUGGGAUAGGUAUGUAGAAAAAGGUUGUCUGCUGCCCUCCGGAGUAUAAGUGGUAGUAGGUACUUGGCUUCAAAGGAACCCGGCUCACGGCGCUAAUCG